AUGACAUGCUUAUUAAACUUGGACUGGGAAAGGGGUUGGAUGUGCACUCAGAUAUUUGAAGGCCAUUCACAUUAUGUUAUGCAAAUUUGGAACAUUCGUUCUCUUGACCCAAACUACACUUUGGAAGCCCAUUCAAAGGGAGUGAAUUGUGUAGAUUAUUUCACUCAUGGGGAUAAGCCUUAUUUGAUCACCGAUUCAGAUGAUCAAACAACUAAGGUAUGGGACUACCAAACAAAGAGUUGUGUGCAGACGCUUGAGGGGCACACCCUCAAUAUUUAUGCAUUCUGCUUCCAUCCUGAGCUUCCCAUUAUAUUCACUGCUUCCGAGGAUGGGACGGUGAGAAUAUGGCAAGCCACCACUUACAGGCUUGAAACUACUCUGAAUUAUGGACUCGAAAGAGCUUGGACCAUUGAGUAUAUGAAAGGGUUGCGCAGGAUUGUGAUUGGUUAUGAUGAAGGAUCUGUCAUGAUCAAGAUUGGUAGAGAAAUACCAGUGGCCAACAUGUUUAGUUAUGGAAAAGUUAUUUGGGCCAAGCAUAAUGAAAUACUUACAGUGAAUAUAAAAUGUGUCUGA